ACUAUAUAUAUUUUUGCACUUAACGUCAUUGAGGAAGGAUCGAAUGUCAAGUAUUGGCGUGUUUGCAGUCACGUAGUGUUCACUGCUCGUUUUAUUAUUCGCUGGCAAGCUUCAUUGGCAGCUAGUUGCGGAACAUAGCUCUAAUGAUACCAAAAGUAUCGCGUUCGAUACAGUUCGAUAGUCGAUGUAAGAAGCAGUUGUCCGAUUUCGAUACGCUCUCUAAAUCCCCCCUCAGUACGUAUAUCAGAAGAAUCAGUGUGAAGAGACUCAGUAAAUAAUUCGCUAUCAAAUAUGAUUUGUUCAAAAACCCUGCGGGGCAAUCGCAGUGUAGGAUCUAUCAACUUUAUUUGGAAGGCGAGGUACUCUCGACGCAGUGAUAAAAACGUUAGCGCUUACAAACUUGUCAAGUCGGACAGGAGACCACUUGAUGAUGUCGAUGAUACGACGCUUGAAGCAAAUUCAAACUGGGAAUUGCUGGCACCGACGGGAUUUCGAUUUUACUUACCAGGCAGUGUAGGGCCAGGGUGGUUGGAUUCAUCUACGACCGCCCAAGUGGAAACUUUAUCUAAGAUCCUAAAAAAUGAUCUUACGGUAGAUUCUGCCACCGACGAUGCUGAAAGUUCUGCAGUUAAUCGUAGGCUUAGGCUGGACAGACCAGAGUUGCAUUGUACGGCUCAGGAGUGUCCAAUGCUACUUAAAAAGGGAUUGCCCGAAUUGUUUCCUGGUUGUUCCGAGGUGACCUCUGCACAACUUACUAUCAUUACCAUCACUCAACAAAGAAGCUCGAGAAACACGCGGUGGAGUACAGAAAAUGAGAUCGAAAAACUCUCCAAAUAUUUUGUUCUUGCGGCGUCGGACAUCUGUACUAAGUUGAAAAUGGUUGGGUAUUGGGCAGAUUUUAUCAAUCCAUUCAGUGGACAGCCUUAUUUAGGCUCGCAAAAGAAUAGCUCGCUAUACAAAACGGAUGAGCAGUUUCGUUGCCUAGGUUUCAAAAUAGAACAUAAAAAUUACUGCAAGGUCAUCGCGAAGGACAGCGAUACGAGAAACUUUGUUGGGAGUCUCUACACUACGGCACCAUCGAGCACUGACUUUCUAAAAGAACUAUUAAGUGACAUUGCAAGUUAGAAAGGUUGCAUUUUAUCAGUGAAUGCAUACCAAUUCGAUGAAUUGUAUCCUAUUAUUGGAAAUACAUACGAAUAGGGGUGAUGUGCAUUAGCUUCACACAGUUCUUCCCAAUUAUUACGUACGCUUACCCCACGGGUGUCAACGAUCUUCUAGAUGAAAAUCGUUAAAUAAAUAAUUAAUAACGUUAAGAAGGACUAGCGAUAUGUACUUUAUGUGAGCUCUAAGAGUUCUCUAUUUGAAUCAAAGGACCACAGUGGGGAAUACUUUAUUGUGUUACUGAGUCUGUCAAACGUGGGUUUAAUCCAAUUGCAAUCGGUGAGCGUUGGAGAUUAUUUCAUCUUGUACAUUUCAUCGCAAUUCGUAUUGUCUAGACCGGUUUUAUUUCCAAUAAUAAAGCAAGGAGAACAAUUAAUGCUA